AUGUUUCCAGUUAAAUUCGAGUAUAAAAGCUCAUUUCAUUCGGUGAACUGCAUCAGUGUUCUUCUCGUGCAGCAAACAACACAGACCACUUACAAAAUGAUGAAGCUGGUGGUGUUGUCCUGCCUUCUGGCCGCCGCGUCUGCGGGUCUCAUCGCGCCCCUCGCUUACACCGCACCGUUCGCCUACAGUGCAGCCCUCCUCGGGCCCUCCAACUACCGUGGACCGCUGUCCCUGGCCCCCGGUCAGCCCGCCAACAUCCUCGCUGCCGACGGCCGCCCUCUCGACACCCUGGACGUCAAUUUGGACCGCUCCGCUCACUACACCGCAAAGGCUCUCGAGAACGGCUUUCAUCUGCUGAAGAAGCGUUCCGUCCUUGCAGCCCCCAUCAUCGCAGCCCCCAUCGCCCGAUAUGCCACACCUCUGAUCACCCCCGCUGUGCCUGUCGCCUACACUGCACCCAUCGCGACCGUCUCUCACAUCGCACCUGUUACCUACACGCGCACAGCUAUUACUCAUGUCUUA